ACUUUAAAGAAACUUUAUAAGUAACAAAUGUGUUGUUAAUUAAAAGUGUGCUGAUUGUUAAUGUGCAGCUGAUUUUGAUAAUGAGUAAAAGAAAAGCGGAUGAAAUGUCGUUGAGACUACCAUUGGUUUUAAUCUUAGGAGCUACUGGGUCAGGCAAAACCAAGUUGUCAUUGGAUUUGGCUAAAAAGUUCUGUGGAGAAAUUAUUGGGGCUGACUCUAUGCAAAUUUACAAGAAACUUGAUAUAAUCAGUGCUAAACCUACCAUUGAGGAACGAAGUGUUGCUCCACAUCAUAUGAUUGAUAAAUUAUCUCCAAAUGAAGUAUGCACUGUAGUAGACUUUAGAAAUGAAGCUGUUUCUAUAAUCGAUAAAUUGUUUGCUGAAAACAAACUACCAAUUGUUGUCGGCGGCACAAACUACUACAUUGAGUCACUCUUGUGGCACAUACUCAUCGAAAAACCUGGCGAUACUCGUAAAACUUUACCUUGGGAGUAUCGCAAGAAAAAUCCAGAUGUAUCUAGUGAAGAAUUGCAUGAAAAACUAAAGGUUUUAGAUCCGGAAAUGGCAACUCGUUUACAUCCAAACAAUAAACGCAAAAUCAUAAGAGCAUUAGAAGUUCACGAAGAAAAAGGACGUAAAACGAGUGAAAUUCUAAAAGAACAGCAAAUGGAUGGUGGUAAUUCGCAAGGCGGUGGCUUAAGAUACAAGGAUACAAUAAUAUUCUGGCUACAAUGGGACCAACAAACAUUAGAUGAACGAAUUGACAAACGAGUUGAUCUCAUGAUAAAAGACGGUCUCAUAAAUGAAUUAUUAGAUUUUCAUAACGAGUACCAAUCCUACUUAACCAGCACUCCAGAUUAUACAACAGGAAUAUAUCAAAUGAUAGGACUGAAAGAAUUCCAUGAAUAUUUAAUAAUGAAUGCAGAACAACGUGCAUCCCCCGAAGGGAAAACUGCAUUCGAAUCUGGCGUAGAAGUAUUGAAACGUGUUACACGCCGUUACGCACGCAAACAAAUCCGAUGGAUAAGGAAUCGAUUUCUCGGCAGGAGCGAUCGAGAGGUACCACCGUUGUACGCAUUAAAAGCUGAUAGGAUCGAACAAUGGGAUGAAAAUAUCACGGAACCUGCAAUAAAGAUCGUUAAAAGUUUCAUAUCGGAAACGCCAUGUGAAAUUAAUCCAGAAGCGAAAGUCGCAAUUCAAUCCUUUGCAAAUUCGCAGGAUGAAACGUAUCAUUGCGAAGUUUGUAAACGCAUUUUCAUUGGAACAUUCCAAUGGCAGAUUCAUAUGAAAUCUAGAAAACAUAAAAUGAGUUUACUUAGACUUGCCAAACAGGAGAGAAUGUGUAAUACUAUAAAAAGUGAUACAUCAAGUUGAAAGGAAGUAAUUAUUUUAGUUUGUUUGUAGAUGUACAAAAUAAA